AUUGGACGAAUUGAUUAAAUUCGGGAGUCUCAUUCGGCGGACAGGCGCGGCCAUCGGCACUUUGCAGCUGAGAGCACCGCUGAAGCCUGAUUUCACCUUGGAGCUUCCAUACAUACCUCUCGAGUAGACGAUGACCAAAUUUAACAAACAAAUCGCCCACAAAGCAUCACUGCAAAAAGUAUCCAGCAUUUAAUUUAUACUGGUGCGGCCAUGGUGUCAACACCAGUAAUUGACACCUGUGGCGAUGGCCGGUUUGGACCUAUCGUUGCCACGGCCGGCUGUCGCGGAGGCUUUGACUUUACGGUUUUUUUUGAAGCAUACAUCUUGAAUGUUGCCCCGGCCGCGUGCUUUCUACUGCUGGCGCCUAUUCGCCUGUUCCAGCUAGCCAGACAGUCACCCAAAGUAUUUUCGUCCGUUAUUCGUGUAGCAACACUAGUUGUUGCCACAGCUUUUGCUGCCAUCCAGGUUGCACUCCUUGUUCUUGUCGCGACGCAGCACUCCGCUGGAGAGCGCGACUCGCUCGCAGGCGCCAUUCUCGAUCUUCUGGUGGCACUUGUCAUUGUGGUGCUUGUUGACCUUGAGCACGUUCGAUCCAUCCGACCAUCAUUCCUCGUCUCUGCCUACCUGUUUGUCACGCUGCUUCUAGAUCUCGCACGUGUGCGGACGGGCUGGCUGUUGCCGGACAGUAGAGCAUACUCUGCCUGUCUCACCACGUCUCUGGCCAUCAAGCUGCUCCUCCUGAUCCUGGGUAAUGUUGAGAAGCGGAGUUGGCUGUUGCCCAGUGAAAAAGCCAAGUCUGGCGAGAGCACGAGCGGGCCGUUUAGUCGAGGUUUGUUUGCCUGGCUGAACGGCCUGCUACUGGAGGGCUACACCGUGCUGCUCACGGGAGAUGCGCUGCCUCCCAUUCACGAGAAAAUUUCGUCUAGCGAUUUGUCCAGCCGGUUCGCGGAUGCCUGGGCGCACGGGAACCAGAACCGCAAGAAUGCACUGCUUUUGGCUGUUGUCAAGUGUCUUCGGUGGGAAAUUGCUGGCAUUGUCUUCCCUCGGCUCUGCCUUGUCGGAUUCAGCAUCGCGCAGCCAUUUUUGGUGAAGAACGUAGUCACCGUCCUGGAGCAGACUGGAACGCACUCGCUGGACAUGGGCUACGGCUUGAUUGGAGCCACCGCGAUUGUCUUUAUUGGGGUUGCUGUGUCUACAGCGUCUUAUGAACACCUGGGGUUUCGUGCGACGACGAUGAUUCGUGGUGGUCUCAUGGCCCUUGUCUUUCAGCACAUGAUGGACCUUCCACUGGGCGACACUGAUGAGUCCAGCGCCAUGUCCCUUAUGGGCGCCGACAUCGAGAUGCUUGCAGAAUACUUCCAGUCUACAGUCUGCGAAACGUGGGCCAAUAUCCUACAGCUGGGUCUUGCUACCUGGCUGCUUGAGACUCAGGUGGGUGCUGUCUGUGUCGCGCCCAUUUUGGUGGUGAUAGUUUUCACGGCCAUGUCUUUUGGCACGGGCAAUGCCGUGUCUGUUCGGCAGAAGACGUGGCUCCAGGCCACCGAGAAGCGCAUCAAUUUCACAAAUGUAAUCCUCGGGUCUAUUCGAAACGUCAAGUUUCUAGGGCUUACAGAGACUAUGAGAGCGAUGAUCGAAGCCUUGCGUGUCGAUGAGCUCAAAAUCUCCAAGAAGUUCCGACGCAUCCAGACUGUUCGUGUCUGUAUGGCCAAUCUUCCUCAAAUCCUUGGCCCGCUCGCAACCUUCGCAGCCUAUGCUAUAGUUGCCAAAGUGCAAGGCUCUGAUGGUCUUUCUGUCUCGCAAGCCGUCACGUCGCUGUCACUAGUCAACCUGCUAAUUACUCCACUCCGAGGGCUCUUGUUGGCGAUUCCGAACACAUUUGCAUCGAUUGGCUGUCUGCAUCGGGUACAAAACUUCCUCAGGCUUCGGAAUCGCCUUGAAAAGAGACAAAUUCCCCAGGUGGCGGAAACUCUUUCUGCUUCAUCCACCAAUCUCUCCGGUGUCGAGCUUUCUCCUCUUCCAAAAUCCAGCGCCAGGGAAAGUUAUUUUCUACAGAAGGAACGUGGUACAAUUAUAUCCCUUCAGAAUGUCCGCUUCGGCUGGAAGCCCUCUCUGCCGGAAAAGAUUGGCCUUACGCUCACAGUUGGGCCCUCUCCCUCGGGUACUCUUCUUGCGAUUGUCGGUUCUGUAGGUAGCGGUAAGUCCACCUUUCUCAAAGGCAUCGCGGGUGAGACGCCUGUGCUCGAUGGAGAGCUCUUUGUCAAGUAUCCAGACAUGGCGUUUUGCGAGCAAACACCGUGGCUGGCCAAUGCAUCGAUACGUGAUAACAUUGUCGGCGAGAACUCAUCUUCUGUAUUUGAUGCUGAGUGGUAUCACACCGUCGUGAGCGCAUGUGCGCUUAAUCUGGAUCUCACGAGGAUGCAGGCGGGCGACGAAACGCUUGUAGGAAGCAAGGGCGCCAAACUUAGUGGAGGGCAGAAGCAGAGGAUUGCUAUCGCACGAGCUGUCUAUGCUCGCAAACGUAUCGCCUGCUUCGACGACGUUUUUAGCGGUUUGGACAAUGUAACUGCGCGACUGGUGUUUAACAACGUCUUUGGCCCGGCCGGAUUGCUGCGUCGAUUGGGUUGUACUGUGUUCCUGGCUACACAUAGCGGUCAUCAUUUACCACAAGCCGACUUUAUCAUUAUGCUAGGGGAGAAUGGCCAGGUCCUAGAACAGGGCAGCUAUUCCCAGCUCCGAAGCCACACGGGAGGCUACGUCCAGAGGCUUGCCAUUCAAUCAAAGCAGAUUGAAGAGGCGGAGGGAGCGGUUGAAGAUGGCGAUGGGCGACAAAAAUCGUCGAAAGCCAUGGCAGCUGUUAUGAGCGCGUCAGCUCCCAAUGAUCACCGUCGGCAGAGUACUGAUCUAUCUGUAUACAAGUACUACUUCUCCUCUUUGGGGUGGCUACGAGUUUCUAUGCUGCUUAUUUUCUUCAUAAUGGAGGCCGGAAUAGGUGGAUUUCGCUACGUCUGGAUCGAGCUUUGGUCCUCUAGUGGUGACAAUGCCAGAGACUCGCGCUUGGGAUACUGGCUCGGACUAUAUGGAGCAUGGUCCUUCAUCGAAGCCAGCGGCAUUACCCUUGCAGUAUUCUGGACCUGGGUCGUUAUUGUCCCAGCUGCGUCAAGGAAUCUCCAUGCUACCGUGCUGCGCUCUUGUAUGAGUGCGCCUCUGUCCUUCUUGUCUAACGUAGAGACUGGUGCUCUCGUGACACGUUUCAGCCAAGACAUGAGGCUGGUCGACAUGAUCCUUCCUCGCGGCUUCAUUUCGACGGGCUUCCACAUAUUUGGGGCGAUUGCGCAAGCUGCCAUCGCCAUAGCCUCAUUACCCUAUCUGGCUGCGGCCCUCCCUGUUCUUGUGGGGAUUUUGGUUCUCAUCCAGCGCUUUUACCUGCGCACAUCUCGCCAAUUGCGAUUGCUAGAGAUUGAACUCAAGAGCCCUCUUUACACUCACUUUAUUGAAUCUCUUGCUGGUGUCGUCACAAUCCGCGCCUUUUCUUGGACACGUGCCGCCACGUCCAGGAUGUUUAACAAGCUUGAUAAGGCUCAACAGCCAUUUUAUCUUCUGUUGUGCAUCCAGCGCUGGCUUGGACUCGUGCUAAACCUCACUGUGGCGGCACUAGCGGUCCUCUUAGUCGGGAUUGCCUUUGCCCUCCGCAGUCAUGUUAACCCGGGUCUGUUGGGGAUUGCACUCAUCACGAUGAUGGAUCUGGGACCUAUCUUAUCGGAGCUUGUGCAGAAUUGGACUCUCCUCGAGACGUCGUUGGGCGCGAUUGCGAGAAUCAAGGAGUUCUCUGAAGACACACCAACGGAGGAGCCAGACACAAUGACCCACGAGCAACUGCCGCACCCCGAAUGGCCAACUCGUGGCGAGAUUGCAUUUGUCGACGCGAGCAUUGCGUACGGCUCUGAGAAGACAGAAGCCGUUUUGCACAACAUCUCUCUCGAGGUUCGUGCUGGAGAGAAAAUUGGACUGUGUGGCAGAACAGGAAGUGGCAAGAGCUCCUUGGCACUAUCUCUUCUCCGCCUCAACGAGCUGGUGUUGGGUCAGAUCCUUGUCGACGGGGAAGACAUUUCUGCCGUGCCUCGAACGUUAAUUCGGCAGCGGAUCAGUUGUCUCAGCCAAGAGCCAUUUCUUUUCCCCGGCACCAUCCGGCAAAAUGCCGACCCGCUCGGGGUCAUUGCCGACAUGGAUAUUAUCGAUGCUCUGAGGCGUGUCGGGGUCUGGGAUGCUCUCAUGUCAUCCGCGACAGACGACAGUACCAACGGAGAAACGCUGCUGGAUGCGACGCUGAACGAGACAAGUUUGUCUCAUGGGCAGAAGCAGCUCUUUUGCUUGGCGAGAGCCCUUGUCAAGAAGAGCAAAAUCCUGAUACUGGAUGAGCCAACAAGCAGUUUGGACGCCGAGACCGACGCCAAGGUUCAAAAGGUCAUUCGGGAAGCACUCCACGACUGCACUGUCCUCAUGGUCGCACAUAGAAUCCAUACCGUGCUUGACUUUGACCAGGUCGCUGUCAUGGAUAAUGGUCGAGUUGUAGAGGCAGGCCACCCUUCUGUACUACUGGGCAAGCCAGACAGUACCUUGUCAAAGCUGUUUCAUCUAGAGUCAUAAUUAACCAGACCAUGGAUUAUCUCACGUGGUAACGUGUCUAUAUACAGAGCUUAUAUGUAAAUUCCGUCUAAUGUCAAGUCCUUGAUAUUUUCUAUUAUUUUUAAAAUAAAGACUACCCAAAAAGUAAAAAUAGAAAAUAAAAAAAAUAAAACAAGUUAAAAAAAAAAAAGACGAAAAAAGGAACCAAAUAAACUCCUCCUCCUUCUCCUAUCUCGCUUCCUCUUCUGCCCGCCCAUCACGCCUUGACCUUCUUCCGCCUAAACAGCUGAUCAUCAUGCUUGUACGCAUCCAGGCUUCUCAUCUCGCCUUUGAGCUGCCUAUUCCGCGUCAGCGCCGUCGUCAGCAUCUUGUCCUUCAUCGUCUUCGUCCCCCGCCGCAGGAUCUUGUCUUCUUCCUUUUCAAUCUCGGUUUCAUGCAGCUGUCGUUCCCGCUCGUC